AUGGUUACGGUGAGAUUGCGAAAGGCGUUUCGAUACCCUGAGGAAUCAGAGGGUGAGCGAGAGGAGUUGGAUGAAGAGCAACAAGAACAGCUCAUCGAGUUGUUGCAGAGCCAGAAUGAUACUCGCAAUGCCCAGUAUAGUAUGAUUCUUACUGCGCUUCCACUGCUGGCUGCUACAGUAUUUGCGCCUUCGGUCCAGUCAGCUUCCAGCCAGGCGGAACGAUUGUUCUCGCUCUUCGGCCUUGUUUCGUUGUUGACAACGGCCUAUAUUAUGAAAUGCUCCCCUCUGCAGCCUGACCCUAAAGACAAGAAACCUGUGACUUUCCAUACCGAACGUAUUGCUCGGCUUCAUGUGGCUCUGGUACCUGGCAACAGUGCGAUUUGUUUGUUGCUGGCUGUGGUCUUUUUUUCCACAGGAUCGUCUUACAGGAUCCAGCCAGUGCUAUACUUGAUUCCUGGAGCCAUGCUCGCAGUGAUUCUACUUGCUCAAAAGGUCAUGCUCUCUGUUGACCUUGCAUCCCUCAAGGAUCUACAAUACGAAUACAAAGGCGCCUAA